AACAGAUAAUACCACAACUAUUUAACUAUGCCAUGGUACGUGUCAAGUAUAUGGACCAAAAAAUACAAUCUUGCUUUUAAGCAUGUAUGAGACAGAGAUGAAGCCAAACAAACCCGGCAUAUAAAAGCCCAGGUGGAAGUUAGAAAUUCAGAACACCAAAUCAGAGACCUUGCCUUAACGGCUUUCAUCAGCAGUUUCUUUUUCAAGAAGACAGUACCUUGCAAGGAGAAAAAAAUGGCAAGUUUGAACUGGAGCUAUCAAGGCAACAAUGGACCUGAGCACUGGCACAAGUUGUACCCUAUUGCCAAUGGAGACCGUCAAUCUCCUAUUGAUAUUAAGACCAACGAAGUAAAAAGAGAUGCAUCUCUGGGGAUUCUCCGGAUCACUUGGAAGCCUUCCACAUGCAAAGAGAUUGUCAAUGUUGGCCAUUCAUUCCAUGUGAAUUUUGAGGACAAAGACAAUCAAUCGGUGCUGACAGGCGGGCCUCUCACUGCAACAUACAGAUUGCGGCAGUUUCAUUUCCACUGGGGCCAAACGGAUGAGCAAGGUUCAGAGCACACGGUGGAUGGAAGGAAAUAUGCCUCAGAGCUUCAUCUCAUUCACUGGAAUGCAGACAAGUAUUCGAAUGUAGCUGAGGCUUUCGACAAGCCGGAUGGCUUGGCAAUUGUCACUGUUUUCCUGAAGCUUGGCUUAUGCAAUGAAAACCUGAAGGGUAUCUUGGAGGCCUUGGAUUCAGUAAAGACUAAGGGUAAACAAGCUCCCUUUUCUAAUUUUGAUCCUUCAAGCCUACUGCCUAAAUCAUUGGAUUACUGGACAUACAACGGCUCUCUGACUCAUCCUCCCCUCCAUGAGAGUGUCAUAUGGAUUAUCCUAAAAGAGCCAAUUACUAUCAGCUCAGAGCAGCUGGCUCAAUUCCGCACAAUCCUGUCUUCUGCUGAAGGGGAAGCACCUUGUCCUGUACUGACCAAUCACCGGCAACCCCAACCACUGAAAGGCAGAGUGGUGAGAGGCUAAUUCCAGACAACCAAAGCAAAUCUGGAGCACAGUCUUCUCAUCAAGAGCAACACAUCCAAACAAAGACCUUGAAAAUAAGAACAUGCUUUUUUUGUUAGCUGCAAUAUUCCUGUCCUUACAGAAGGUGUUGUAAUUCUCUGUGACAUUCGGGUGGAUUUAAUCUAUAUCCUUUUUGUGGUAGACAACUAUGGGUUUUAAUGCAUGACUUUUAACAAUGAAAGAUACUUCAAAUAUUUUAAUGAAUUUUCACAUUCCCUCUGAGGUAUGACAUAAACCAUAGUGAUAAGAAGCCAAGUAAAUUUUCAGAGUUAAAUUAAUCAGUACUGUUUCCCACAAGGAGAUUUUAUGUAACUGUAUGAGAGGUCUGUUGUUUUCUGCAAUGAAAUUCCUACUGUUAAUAGCAAUUACUGAUUAAUUAUUGUUGUUAUUGUUAAUUUGUUAAUCGUGUCUUGUUCUAAUUUUGCUGAUACAAACUUGACUGAAAUUAAAUUAAUAGAGAAAGCACCUUGAAAUUAAGCAGUAUUGUAAUAAUGCUAUGCUAUCGAUGUUUUCAAAGAAACUGUGUGAUAAUUAGUGUUUUAUUUCACCCACAACACCUAAUAAAGAAUCAGUAGACAUAAGUCCACGGAAAAAUAAAGCACCUGCAUACAUUUAAGUCACACACUUACAACACAAGUUUCACCAUCUCUCAAGCUAAGCAGUACUCAGCUUUGCAAAUGGCUCCAACAAUGACAACUGAAUUAUUUAAUAGCCAGCAGUGGCAAAGUUCUGAAGAAGAUAAGGUCAUACUCUACAGGGAACAACAUAAAACAUGAGAACAGAAAUACAGUUUCCAAUUGACCCCAUUAUGUAAUUUAAAUGUUAU